UCGCGCCGCUGUUGUUGCCGCCGCCGCGGGAGCCCGGGCAGGGAGCGGCUCCCCGGCCUCGCCAUGGCCACCAGCACCACGGGCUCCACCCUGCUGCAGCCCCUCAGCAACGCCGUGCGCCUGCCCGUCGACCAGGUCAACUUUGUAGUGUGCCAACUGUUUGCCUUGCUUGCGGCUGUUUGGUUUCGAACAUACCUUCAUUCAAGCAAAACUAGCCCAUUUAUAAGACAUGUUGUUGCAACACUCUUGGGCCUUUAUCUUGCACUUUUUUGUUUUGGAUGGUAUGCCUUACAUUUUGUUAUACAAAGUGGAAUUUCCUACUAUAUCAUGAUCAUAAUAGGAGUGGAAAAUAUGCACAAGUAUUGCUUUGUUUUUGCUUUAGGAUACCUCACUGUGUGCCAAAUUACGAGGGUCUAUAUCUUUGAUUAUGGACAGUAUUCUGCUGAUUUUUCUGGCCCAAUGAUGAUAAUUACACAGAAGAUCACUAGUUUGGCAUUUGAGAUUCAUGAUGGAAUGUUUCGGAAGAAUGAAGACUUGACUCCAUCACAGAGGUGUUUGGCUGUAAGACGCAUGCCAAGUCUACUGGAGUAUUUAAGUUACAACUGUAAUUUCAUGGGUAUCCUGGCAGGCCCGUUAUGCUCUUACAAAGACUAUAUUACUUUCAUUGAAGGCAGAUCAUACCAACUGCAACAGUCUGAAGCAAAUGGGAAGGAAGAUACAAAGUAUGAACAAACGGAUCCUUCCCCAAAUAUAGCCGUGGCACAGAAACUCUUGAUCUGUGGACUGUCCUUGCUCUUCCACAUGACCAUUACAAAAACUUUGCCUGUGGAAUACAACAUUGAUGAUAACUUCAGAGCUACAGCAUCCUGGCCUGUAAGGUUUUUCUACCUGUAUGUGUCUCUUAUGGCUGCCAGACCCAAGUAUUAUUUUGCAUGGACUUUAGCAGAUGCAAUUAAUAAUGCAGCUGGGUUUGGUUUUAGAGGCUAUGACAAAAAUGGAGUUACACGUUGGGAUCUAAUCUCAAAUCUGAGAAUCCAGCAAAUAGAGUUUUCCACAAGUUUCAAGAUGUUUCUUGAUAACUGGAAUAUCCAAACAGCUCUUUGGCUCAAAAGAGUGUGCUAUGAGCGAGCCACCUUCAGCCCAACGAUCCAAACCUUCAUUCUUUCUGCCAUCUGGCAUGGGGUUUAUCCAGGAUAUUAUUUAACAUUUUUAACAGGAGUACUAAUGACACUAGCAGCACGAGCUAUAAGAAACAAUAUCAGACACUAUUUUGUUCAGUCUCCUGCUGUUAAACUAUGUUAUGAUAUUGUAACAUGGAUGGCAACUCAAGCAGCAAUAAGUUACACAGUGGUGCCGUUUGUACUGCUCUCUGUAAAACCCUCUCUCACCUUUUACAGCUCCUGCUAUUUCUGUCUUCAUAUUGCCAGCAUCCUAGUGUUGUUGGUAUUUCCAUUGAAAAGAACUCAAAAAGGAAGUAAAAAGCAUGAAAGUGUCCAGCCUGUGUGGUCCAGAAAGCUAGAAGAAGAAAGUCUUUUGCAAAAGAACAAUUAUUCCACAACAAAUAAUAGUUUCAGUCAGAAAGAAGAAAUAACCUGCAGAUAUCAAGCAUUAAAACAGUGAUUGAGGAAGUACUAUGAUGAAUAUAUUUUGUAUGUUUUCAGAAACCCAUUUUUAGCACCUUUUAAAGGGGUUUGUAUUUGUUUGCAAAGAUAUUUAGUAAGAAAAGAAUGCAUUACCUAGGAAAAUCACAUACAAUAGCAAGACUGGAAACAAAACAAAUUAACCCCUCCCAUGCCAUGUCCCUGUGGGUCACGCCUUAUAUGAAGAUAUUACCAUUACUUCAAUGGGCACUCAGGACUUGCAACGUAUGUCCAUAGGGUCAUAUGUGUGCCCUUUGCUGAAUGUACGUUGUGUAUCCCAAGGCACUGAUGGGGUGGAAUAAAAUUGUGUCAGUCUAGGAUUAACAAAUGGAAAUUAAUUUUUCCAACUGAAUGACUUGCCUUAAACCCUCUAUUUACUGAAAUAUUGUUUCUAAGUGGGUAUUUCAAGUUUGAUUUUAUGUGAAAAGUAUUUCAGAUAUAUAACACUAUGUGCUAUAAAGAAGAUAAUGAGAGGAAAUGCAGAGUCACUAGAAGACUUGGGAGUCUUUCAAAGGGAAUUGCAAUAAGCAUCUCAGUAUUUGGAGGGUUUUCUUAUCUCAAACUAUUAGGGUACAUUACAGAACUGUAAACAUUGAUGCCAAAUUAUAGUUAGGUUUCUUUAAUAAAGAGUAUAAUUACUCUGAAUGGAUUAAAAUGGCCCUUCUGAAUGGAUUAAAAACACCUGAGGAUUUACCUUUUCCAUGGUAAGCUGGUAGCUGAUAACUCUGAUGUAGAUUUCUUUUACUUUAAAAGUACCUAAACCCAAUAAUACACUGCCAGAGGGGGAAAGACAGCCACAAUGCACAGAAGACAAUGUGCAAGCACUGGGAUUUCAAUGAAAGUGCAGUUUUGCCCUUAAAUACCAUCAAUACUUGUUCUAGAAUAGAACUGUUUUACAAAAAGCAAUUUUUAAUACUUAAAGUUAUUUUGAAUUUUCAGGCAUCAGUUAGUUCAUGAUGCUUUCAGUAUAAAAUAGCAAAAUUACCUUGAAGCUCCAGCACAUAGGUAGUCAAACACGAAACGACUAUCACAACCAAUUUCUGUAUGCUUGAUAAUUGAUGAACCUUUAUCCAAAGAAGUGUGUGAAUUUGAGGAAAAGCUUUUUCUUUGAAUUAGGAUUUUAGAUGCAAAUUUCAUGUCAUAUUUCUGGGUAACAUAAUGGAAGAAAGAAAUCCUUCAGAAUAUCUGACUGUUUGAAUUAUGGAAGUGUAAUUCCAUAAAUCAAGGAAACAAUGUAGUGGUUAUAUCUAUUUCCAAUCAUUUAUUGUGAUGAUUGCUAGUGCUAGAGUACUACUGUUAAAGGGCUACGUUUUAAUUGCAUAUAUUCUGUAUUUUCAUAUAAUUUUUUUAAGUAAACACAAGAUGUUUAUCCAUGUGGGGUUUAUUCUUAAUUUUAAACCAGGCAUAAAAUAAUACCAGAGAAAAAUAAUG